UAUAUCUAUGAAUUUCUAUACAUAUCACUGUGAAACGAGAGAAGCGAGAGGAAAAUUCUACCAUCGGGGCUGGUCUCUGAUUGUGUGAUCGAAUACAAUAUUUUCAACAUUCUAUUCUUUGAUCUUCUACGUCAAGAGGAAGGAAGACUACGUACUCAUUUUUGAUUUUUUCGUUUUCCUGUUGCUACUUCCCCCCCACCCCGCUCUCUUCUCUUUUUUUUUUUUGCAUCCGAGGGGAAUAAAAAAAAAGGAGAGUAGCCGGAUCUGGAGAAAGAGGGGAAAAGAUCGGUCGAAUUGCUGUGAUUAGUGUUGUUUUGUGUGGGUAUUAGCGCUCCCGGUGCGCCGAGGAGAGGAUCCAGGUCGCGGAGCGCAGCGCAGCGCAGCCAGCAUGCACAAACACCACCACUGCUGCAAGUGCCCGGAAUGUUACGAGGUGACCCGCAUGGCUGCCCUGCGCAGGAUGGACGCCCCCCAGUACCAGGAGUGGCAGGCCGAGCCCUAUGGAUACCCAGCCGGGUACGGGCCCGGGGGCGGGCAGACCUUACCCCAGCCCCCGGCCUCGGGGGGAGGGGGAGGUGGAGGGGGGGGCACCCUGGGAAGAAGUAAGGGCAAGAUGAUGUCGUCCGGGGGUCCCGGGGGGCCCAACCCCAAGGGCCAGUCCAAGGGCGGCCCCAAGGUGAACGGCAACAACUCCGGGGGCCAGGCGGGCUGGUGGCCAGAGUGCACCUGCUCCAACCGGGAGUGGUACGACCAGGCGAAUCCUCCCCCCAUCAUCGUCAACGCAGAUUCACUGGACGGCGGUCCUUAUGUAAAUGGCAGUGAUGGGAUGUACAAAUACGAAGAGAUUAUCUUGGAGAGGGGGAACUCCGGCCUGGGCUUCAGCAUCGCGGGGGGGAUGGACAACCCCCACAUCCCUGAUGACCCGGGGAUCUUCAUCACCAAGAUCAUCCCUGGAGGGGCUGCUGCUAUGGAUGGCAGACUGGGGGUAAACGACUGUGUUCUGCGCGUGAACGAGGUGGACGUGUCUGAGGUGGUCCACAGCCGGGCGGUGGAGGCCCUGAAAGAGGCCGGCCCUGUGGUGAGACUCCUGGUCAGGAGAAGACAGGCCCCUCCCGAGACCAUCCUGGAGGUCAACCUGCUCAAGGGACCGAAAGGCCUGGGCUUCAGCAUCGCCGGGGGCAUUGGCAACCAGCACAUCCCCGGGGACAACAGCAUCUACAUCACCAAGAUCAUCGAGAGCGGCGCCGCGCAGAAAGACGGACGGCUGCAGACCGGAGAUCGCUUGCUCGCUGUGAACAACAUCAUUCUGCAGGACGUGCGUCACGAGGAGGCCGUGGCGGCGCUGAAGAACACCUCUGACAUGGUCUACCUCAAGGUGGCCAAGCCCGGUCCGGUCCAGCUCAACGAUAUGUACGCCCCCCCGGACUACUCCAGCAGCCUGGCGCUUCCUGCCCUCCCUCCAGCCUUCCCCACCAUGGUGGACAACCACGUCAGCCACAACUCAGGCAUGGCCUACAUGGGGGCCAUGGAGCCCAAGCCCGUGUACAACCAGCCCCCCCAGGUCACGCCCUCCAGGUACUCCCCAGACCCCCGCCACAUGCUGGGGGAGGAAGACUUCACCAGUCCCGCUGCGCGUCCUGAUGCUGUCGCUCUGUUUGGCAGGGAGCCGCGGAAGGUGCUGCUCCACAAAGGGUCUACUGGGCUGGGCUUCAACAUCGUGGGUGGCGAGGACGGAGAGGGCAUCUUUGUCUCCUUCAUCCUGGCCGGGGGACCUGCGGACCUGAGCGGGGAGCUGAGGAGGGGAGACCGCAUCCUCUCGGUCAACGGGGUGAACCUGAGGAAUGCCACUCACGAGCAGGCCGCUGCAGCACUAAAAAGGGCUGGGCAGACCGUCACCAUCAUUGCCCAGUACCGACCAGAAGAGUACAGCCGCUUUGAGUCGAAGAUCCACGACCUGAGGGAACAGAUGAUGAACAGCAGCAUGAGUUCGGGAUCGGGCUCCCUGCGUACCAGCGAGAAACGUUCCCUCUACGUCAGAGCUUUGUUUGAUUAUGACCGGACCAGAGACAGCUGCCUGCCCAGCCAAGGCCUGAGCUUCUCCUAUGGGGACAUCCUGCAUGUCAUCAACGCCUCUGAUGACGAAUGGUGGCAGGCACGCCUGGUCACGCCCCAUGGGGAGAGCGAGCAGAUUGGGGUCAUUCCGAGCAAGAAGAGGGUGGAGAAGAAAGAGCGGGCGAGGUUAAAAACUGUCAAGUUCCACGCCAGGACCGGCAUGAUCGAGUCCAACAGGCCAGUCAAAGUAAAGCGCAAAAAAAGCUUCAAUCUCUCACGCAAGUUCCCGUUUUACAAGAGCAAGGAGAAUAUUGUGCAGGAGUUGGAGUCUGAACAAUGCCUGACGUCCAACACGAGUGACAGUGAAAGCAGCUCAAAGGGUCAGGAAGACACCAUUUUGUCAUACGAGCCAGUCAUUCGACAGGAGAUUCAUUACACAAGGCCGGUGAUCAUUCUGGGCCCAAUGAAAGACCGAGUAAAUGACGACCUGAUCUCGGAGUUCCCUCAUAAGUUUGGCUCCUGCGUUCCUCACACGACUCGUCCGCGGCGGGAAAACGAGAUGGACGGCCAGGACUACCACUUUGUGGGCUCGCGGGAGCAGAUGGAGAAAGACAUUCAGGAUAAUAAGUUCAUUGAGGCGGGACAGUUCAACGAAAACCUCUAUGGGACCAGCAUCUUGUCAGUCAGAGCAGUGGCAGAGCGGGGAAAACAUUGUAUCCUAGAUGUGUCCGGGAAUGCUAUAAAGCGUCUGCAACAAGCACAACUUUAUUCGAUCGCAAUUUUCAUAAAACCAAAAUCAAUUGAAGCUCUUAUGGAAAUGAACAAGAGGCAGACGUAUGAGCAAGCCAAUAAAGUCUUUGACAAGGCAAUCAAGCUCGAGCAAGAGUUUGGAGAGUUUUUCACAGCCAUCGUGCAGGGUGACUCGCUAGAGGAGAUCUACAACAAAAUCAAGAUGAUCAUUGAGGAACAGUCAGGCCCCUACAUCUGGAUCCCCUCCUCGGAGAAGCUCUGAGCGUCCGGCCGUACCACUCCGCGUCAGCUCGGAGCUCUCCCCACGCCCUCCCCGAGACCCCGCCCGUCCCCCCAAAUAGCUCCUCCCUUACCCUUUUUUUGCAGAUAUGUUUCAUAUCAAGUUUUAGUGUCAUUAUGUUACUCUCAAAUGAAGUCUUAUCACCAUUAUCGUGGCUGUGCACAUCCCUGCAUGAGUUUCUCAGCAAAUCCAUUCGAAAGACUGGAAAUGCCGUUCCAAAUGAAUUUGUCAUUUAAAACAAAACAAAGGGAAAAGGAAUCCUUCUUUGUGAAACGGGACUGACAGUUGAAGAUCAGUAUGUUUUUCAGACCACAGAACGAGGAGUUCGGGAUUUGUGAGUUGCAGGGGAAUGGAGACAUCGUGAAAAGUUUGGAACACUUUGUAAAUGUUCAUUAAAUCACAUUUAAAAAAAAAAAAAAAAGGACACGAAAGACGAGAAGCAAAGACCACUUAGGUUUUCUUUUCUACGAGGACUGGAUAAUAUCAAGCCCAGCUGAUGGUACUGUUCGAGAAGUUGUCUCUCUUGUUUAUAAUUACAGAGGAAUUGGUGAAGAAGCCUACAAACCGAUGAUGUAUUUAUCACAAACCAGCUUGCUGUUUGAUCAGCUGCCAGUAGUUCCUUCUGCGGCAGUGGCUGAUGAAGACAUUUCGGGAGGCAGAACAAAUGGAAGAAAUUAGUUAUGAAUCGCUACAUUUAUAUAAUGAAAUCACAAGGUAAAUGAGAAAAUCCUACUGAGAUUUUACUACAUUAAAAACUACACGUUUUACACUAGAAUUGUCUACUUGGAGGGCUGUUAGAUUUCAGUUAUUCCUUUUUUCUUUUUGGGAUUUUUUUGCUUGUGGUUUUUAGCUGCUCUGUGUAAAGGUUGGGGGUAGAGAUGUGUAACUGGGCUCUCUGCAAAACACCAAACUGCCUUACAUCAACUACAAAUUCUGUUAUAACUACCUGUACUUUGUGAGGGAAGCCACAAAAUAAUUGACAACGAAUAAACCGAGACAUUUACAUUGUUUCGUAUUUUUGCGUUCCCCGCCUUGUCCUGAUGUCCAGGUGGUCAGACUGGAGUGCAAUAGACAAAUGCAGUCUUGCCCCCUGGAUUCUUUCCUUGCAUUUUCACCCUUUUUUUUUUUUUCUUUUUGUAAUUUAAGAAUUCAUUGGAUUUGGAUUUGGGCCGCCGUAGCUUCCUCACUCAUGUUGAGCAGCAGAUCACCCAAUUACACUCUCUGCCUUCUGAGACGAUUCUCUUCUGAUUGGUCACGAGGUACUGUCCUGUAUUGGCCAUCGUGGAGGUGGCCUUUAGAAAAAAAACAAAAAAAACGGGUAGAACAAGACAAUAAUUGUAUUGGAUGUCCUUCUAACAAUUAAAGAGUCAAUAUAACCUGUUUUUGGAUUGUCCCACCCGAAGCACCCCAUCCAAAAAAAAACACUAUAGACCAUGCAGGCUUUAAUCAAACCCCUCUUUAAAGUUUUACAUUUUUCAUUUGUUCUGGACAAGGUGUUAAACCACUGUGUCAAGAGCUGUGUGGUAUGCCUGGGGGGGGGGGGUGGGGGUGGGUGGAACGGGCUACAUCAGCUCAGGAAUCUAACGCACAGAUAUCAUUUCCCCUGCGACUGAACAGCCAUUCUUCCGAAAGGAGACAUGGAAAGAGUUCCCAGAUGUUGAAAGUGAAUGAAAGAGUUUUGAGUGAUUUGACCGAACAGUCUUGAGUGAUUUCAAAGGCAUUUGCAUUGAACAAUUUGAUCAGCGGACGUAUUCUGUCUUAAGAUGUGGUGACACUUGGUGAAGACCACUCCUUUGGUUAACCCUGGCAUGAGUCGGUUGUGUGGAUUUAACAGGGUUGAAAUGACCUGCCCGAAACUCUGCUCUGUGUUGGUGUUCACUCGAGCAGGUAUCUGACCUGUAGAAGACUGAGGAAUACUGUCGCCCCCCUGCACCUUGUGAACAUUAAAGUUUCCACCUGUUUUUUUUUUUUUUUUCUUUCAGAAGAGGGACAGGGUUUUCCUCAGCCACCAGAGAGCUAGACCAUCUUCUGCAUGCCCGCAGAGUGGUCGCCUCACCUUCUGCCCCCCCCCC